AUGGGAAGCAACAUCUCCAAACAGCCCUUCGCGUCUGUAUCUUCAGGCAACCCAGUCACACCAACGCCAACGCCAACAACAACGGAUACCACUACAAUCUCUCAAGAACCUCUAACCACAACGAAACCAACAACAUCCACAACUCCCACAACUCCAACCAAACAAAAUUUAGCCCAAGACACUGACUAUGUCACUCAUAUCGAAGAACAAUUGCAGAUCCAUCCUGAAAAAUUCGGUGUCAAACUCGAAGAUCUGGACCAAGUGAUGGAAAAUGUAAAACAAGUGUUGAGUACCAAAGAAAUGGACAAGGUUUCCAUCUUGUUGGAUUCGUGCUUGGAUUAUGAAACUCCAGAUGAUGAGCGAGAUGUACUGAUGAAACCUAUCGCGAAACUUUUACCCAACAUUCCCGUCUUGGUCUUGCUUUCAUGUCGAGCCUUUGAAAAAAUUUGUGAUGAUCCAUGUUACAUCAUCAAUACUGCUGGUGCUGGUGGUCACCAUGAUCCUCUCACUCCUGAUAAGGUUUGCUUUUUGGUAUUCUAUAUUCACAAGUUCAAGUUGUUCAAGAGAACGGAUGAACAAUUUUUGAACAUGAUGAAACAAAUCCAGCAACAUGAGAUUAAUGGCAAGAAAUUGAUCCAUUUCUUGAGCGGAAACAAAACAACAACGAACCAUGAUUCAGUGAAUAUCCAACGCAUCAUUCCUGAAGACAUUUGUGAACAAUUGAAAGAGUUUUGCCCUGAUACAACAACAACCACAAAUUCAGAUCAAGCCACAUCGUCAACAAUAACCCCUACUCAUACCAAUCUUAUGCAUUCUGCUGCGAACAUUCAAUCCAUUUCUAGUGGAUCCAGUAGCAAUGGUAGUCAAGGACCUAUGAAAGGACUCGAUCAAAUUACAGACCCUUUGGAACAGGUCAUGUUCGCCAUGAUUGGAAAUCAAUUGAAUGACGAAACAAUGAAGAAAAUUGCCAACCAGGCCUAUGUAUCGUUUUUUAAAUGGUGGCAACAAAGAGCUUCUUCCAUUCCUCUCUCAUUGGUGCUGUCUUACAUGAAAUCUCCAAACAAUCUUUCACUAGACAAUGGCUUCCAUGUUGUGAAAACAAAAGUCAUGAAUCGAUAUCGAGCCAGCGCAGAGUAUUUUGAAUCCAAGAAAAAAAUUGAUGAAGCUGUUCUAUACCGAAAAGUCCUGAACAAUGACUCGUUCAUCACGUUUGAAGCUUGUAAUUUAACAUUCCCACAAAGAUUUAAAUUCUUUUACUUUGUGUCCUCUCUACAGAAAAUACAACAAACAACUAACAAUCAAAUGAAUAUCAAGAUCAUUAUCACCAAAUUGGCAGAUCAAGAGUCAGAGGGUGAGGCAUUCAGAAGACGUUUAAUGUCUGCAUUUUACAGCAGCCAUUUUGGACAAUAUCAUUUGGCUCUCUUGAUUGGAAAUACAAAGAUUGAAUGGUGUGACGAAAGUAUAGUUGUUGCUACUAAUGUCCUUAAUUUACAAUCAGAGAAGAUUGUAUUUCAGUAUACCAUUCAUACUGAAAAAGAUCCUAAUGAAAUUAAUAGACUCAUCAAUGUUGCUUCAAAAGUGGUGACAACAUGGAACAGAGAAAAAACAUAUAGUGUCUUGAGGUGUAAUUGCCAACACUUUAUAUUGGACGUAUUGAAACAAAUGAAUAUUGAUGCAGCAGAAGCGGUGAAAGAACAUUUGAAUCGUCUCAGAUGGUACGAUCAACGAAUGAUAUUCCAAAAGAAAUCAUUCAAAACCUUAGACAGCAACCUUGCGCAUCAAUAUUUUGAACAAUAUAAGAAAGAGCGUUUUGAAAACUCUUCCGUAUUUGCCAAUUAUGAACAAGUUUUCAUGUGUCCCAUUUAUUUGGAAGAUGAAUUGCAAAAAGUAGAAAAGUUUUUCAAAGAUUCUUCCAUCAAGCAUAUUGAACUUGUCAACCGAUUAGAACUCGAUUGUUUGUUUUACAUUCUGAAGACGGCCAACCUUGUUGUUGAAAAUGAGAACAAUAUAGACUUCAAGUUGCUGAAAGCAUUCGAUAGGACCUUUUGUAUUGAGAAGUUAGAAUUUAUUCAAGUUCCAUUGUCUCUCAAAAGUUUCAUCUCCGAAAAGAAACUUGCUUUUACUGGUGAAACUGGAAAAAAAAUUUUGACAGAAAUUGACAAAAGUGACAAAUUCUCUUCUACACAUUGUGAAUUCAUGUUGAAAUUUAUGAUGAAUGAAAAAUUCUCUACAACCAAUCGCGAGGACUUUAUGAAGGUCAAGACACAAAUUAUCAAGUGUUGGAUUAAACACAAAACCAAGUCCCGAGAUGAUUUCAUAUGGAAUUUAAGCGUUGGAGGACAAACAUCAGUCGAUAAAAUUACAUGGUCAUGCGAGCAAGUUAUUUCCGAAUUGAAAGAAUGUCAAUAUACAUAUUCAGAAUAG